UGAGCGUAGGGAAAAUGCCCAAAUAUCUGCCUUGCUAAAAUGCUGCAUUGAGCUUUUCUGCAUCUUCAGAAGGUUGCUUAUCUGUUGUAUGUGUUAGAAGAGUAGCAAAUUGGGACAUUUGUCAAAACAGGCGAGAGAGAAACUUUGCAAAUGGUAUCUGUAAGGAAAGAACAAAAAUAUGCCGCAAGAAGUGGUGUCAUUUGACAUAGCUGAUGACUUUAUUUUGACUGCUUUGAAGCUGGGUGGGUUUUGAAGCCGUUUCUUGUAUGCCAGCUUCUAAAAUCCAUGCUGCAGAGUUGGAGUUUGGAGGUGAGAAGAAUACUUAAGGAAGGACUUUGUAUCGUUCAUCAAGACAACAAAGAAUCUUGGAAAGCUGGCAUCGUAAGAAUUCUCCAUUCAGGCUCCUGGCUGACUUUGAAGUGUUCUGGUCCACACGGUUAAUUAAUUCUUGGUGAUCCCUUUGGUGCCUUCAUCCCAAAGAAGCCCAUUUCUUCUCAUGCAGAACUGAAACCUGGGAAUGCUUUAUUAUGGCGGCAGCAGUGCAGCAGAAUGACCUGAUGUUUGAGUUUGCCAGCAAUGUCAUGGAGGAUGAGCAGCAGCUGGGUGACCCAUCUGUCUUUCCUGCUGUAAUCGUGGAACAUGUACCUAGUGCUGAUCUCCUGAACAAUUACUCGGGUUUAUCCUGUGUGGCUGAACACAGUGUAAUGAUAACAGAAAAUUCACUGGAUGUUGCAGAAGAAGAAAUCAUAGAAGACGAUGACAUUACUCUCACAGUGGAGGCAUCCUGUCAUGGUGAAGAUGAAACCAUGCAAACUAUUGAAGCCGCUGAGGCCCUCCUCAAUAUGGAUUCCCCAGAGCCACUGCUGGAUGAGAAGAGGAUGAGCGAGUCUGACGCACACAUUUUUGGCGGAGCUGAUGAUGACGUCAACGUUGGUCCUAUCACUCAUGUUUCGGUCACCCUGGAUGGGAUUCCAGAAGUGGUGGAGGUUCACCAGGUCCAAGACUCCCGCGGUGAAUCACCUGACACUCUAGUGCUGGAGCAGCCAAAAAAGAAGAAAGGAAAGAAAGCCAAGCCUGCCCGUCCAGAGUCCCCUACUCUGACUCCAAACAUAUCUGUAAAGAAGAAAAACAAGGAUGGGAAGGGAAACACCAUUUAUCUCUGGGAGUUCUUACUAGCACUACUUCAAGACAAGGCUACAUGUCCUAAAUAUAUUAAAUGGACUCAACGAGAGAAGGGCAUUUUUAAACUAGUGGAUUCCAAGGCUGUGUCCAGAUUGUGGGGAAAACACAAAAAUAAGCCUGAUAUGAAUUACGAAACCAUGGGCCGAGCUCUCAGAUAUUACUAUCAAAGAGGCAUUCUGGCAAAAGUCGAAGGGCAGCGCUUAGUGUACCAAUUCAAGGAAAUGCCGAAAGAUCUUGUCUACAUAGAUGACGAUGAGUCAAGUUCGAGCGCAGAUUCUCCAGAUACAACUUUGCUUGCAGCCCCCGAGGCCAAUAGAAGCCAAGUGGCCAGAUCCAGAGCGUCAUCAAACGUAGCACCCCGGGGAGGAUCUGCUGCUGUCCUGAAGGUACCAGGAAACGCCAAGUCUAUGAAACUGAAGCAGCCGGUGGAAUCUACUCCACAGCAACUGCCGACCGUGGCGUCCGAAGUUCUGAGGACGAUGCAAUCUGCCCAAACCGUACAUCCAACGCAACUCUAUCGGACAGUUCAUUUAAUGCAGUCCAUUCCGGAAGGACACACAGCUGUGACCACUAAUAUGCAGGAGGAGACGAUGAAUCCUUCUGCUCAGAACAUAAGGACCAUCCAAGCUCCAGGACAAGUUCCAGUCGUCGUUUCACCUGGGAAUCAGCAGCUGCAUACUGUAACCCUCCAGACGGUGCCUUUGACAACGGUCAUAGCCAGCGCAGAUCCAACAUCUGCAGCAACAUCCCAGAAGUUCAUCCUUCAAGCCAUCCCCACUUCACAGUCUAUGGCCAUGCUUAAGGAGAACGUUGUGCUGCACUCCUCUAAGCCCGUCUCGCCUCCUUCCUCCAUCGUCUUGAGCCCCGCACAAGUCCACCAGGUGCUCAGCAGUAACGUGCAGACAAUUUGCAACGGAACAGUCAACGUGGCUUCUUCUCCAUCCUUCAGCCCCGCUGCCCCUGUAGUAACUUUUACCCCAAGCAGUUCGCAAAUGAUUGCUCCACCGUCCAUGAUCACUUCCGUCAUUAAAGCCCCAGAAAAUAAACCGACGGUUAUUCAAGGGGUGAUGAAGUCAGAGGCUGAUGACGGUAUGGCCGAUGAAGCCAGACACUCAGAGCACAGUUUUCAGCAGCAGCAGCAGCCGUUUGUAGUGGUGGUGUCCAAUUCAAACGGAUAUCCCUCCACGGUGCAUAUUAAGCAGGAAAGUGAACAGUUGGAGCCCAGUCCCUGUGAGUAAUGCUGAAGCUGGUGAACUCUGUGGAAGGCGGUUUCUUCAAUGUGACAGGACUUCUUCGGUUGUGUAUCAUCACUUGAUUGAGAAGUAGGCAUUACAAAGCUACUUUAAUUUGUGAAGUUAAUUUUAGAAAUAAUACUAUAGAAUUUAUUUCAAUUUUCUGUUCGCUAAAUAAUAUAAUUUUUUUUUCAAAAUGCAAGCAUGAAGGAUCAUGCAGUUUCUUUUUUGAUCACUGUCCAGAAAUUCUAAAUUUCUUGCACUUUAUGCAUUAUUUGUCUGCCUCGCAUGAUAAUGUAAUGAUUAUUAUAAUCAGUGCUUUAAAGUAACAUUUAAUUUCACAAGUUUCUUUCAUUCCAUGUAUGUGAUUCUUCUAGCCAGUCCCAAAGAUCUGUCUCAAGCCAUUUGAGCAAGAGAUUUUCCUUUUACGUGGACAAUAAACCACAGGGCAGGAUCAAUUACACCUGCUCCUAUUGCAUUUUUUUUACCAAAGAUCAAGAUAUAUUUGAUAUUUGUAUCUGUUAUCGUCUAUUUCUCUGUUUUCCUAAUGUGGCUCUAUUAGAUGCAUCUGAUCAACAAAAUGAGAGUUAUUACUACAGGGGUAAAUUUAUUUCAGACCAUUUUAACAUUGAAGUUUAACAUUUUUUUUGUUUUGCAUUAUUUUGUAAGGGAGCGGAGAAAGUAUAUGCAAUUUGUGCAAGUAUUUUGAGAUUUAAAUGUUUCUAUAAGAGUACUUUUUCUAUUGUAAAUAUGUAAUUUAAUUUCUCAAAGAUGUUUUUCAUUCAAAAAAAUUCCAUAGAGCAAUAUUUUAUAGAUUCAAUUGAGAUCAUUAUGUUUAGAGCUCUAAUGUUAUAUGUAUUCAUAUAUUACAGAGUGAAUUUGUAUUUAAAGACAAAUUUUUUAAUUGUGGAACACUUCUGAAAUUUGUUUGUCUUUUUGUAUUUUAUGCAAAUAAAUCAAGUACAACAUCUUUGUA